AUGAUCAUUAUCCCCUCCUUCCUGGCCUCCUCCACAUUGCUGGUGGUGGCGGUCAUCGUCUGGAAGACGUGUCGGAGAGGGAGGGAUGCUGAGAGGGAACCCAUCAUCUUGCUGGAAGAUGAUGUUCCAGGGCAAGAUGGGAAGGAAUAUGACUCCCUGCCCACAGCCACUUCAGCAGAGAGAAUAUUGGAGUUUAAGGAUUCCCUCUUAGCAAAGUGGGAGCUGCCUAAAGACUGGAACAUCCAGGAGGAGGCGUUUUUGGGCAUGGGGCGAUAUGGACAGAUUUCCCGGGCCACCCUCAUCCAAACAGGUUCUUUGGGGCCUUCACUGUCUGUGAUUCUGAGGAAACUACCAGUGGCCACCAGCCCUCAGGAAAUGAAGGAUUUUAUAGAAAUGAUGAAGUUUCACAUCAAGAUCUGUAAACAUGACAGCCUGGUGAAGGUCCUGUGGUGUCAGAGCCAAGCUCUACCCCUCUGCCUCAUCCUGGAGGCCAUGAGCCUAGGAAAUUUACUGCAGUUCCUGUGGCAAGCCCGUCAGGGGGACUUACCCAUUAAGGGGCAUCUUUAUGAGCUGACAGAAAAGAGCGUGUUCACCAUGGCGAUCCAAAUUGCACGCGGACUGGAAUAUCUGACAGCGAGCCAGAAGCUGAUCCAUGGUGACGUAGCAGCUCGAAAUGUCCUGAUCCACCAGGAUAUGACAGUUCGGCUCUGCGGCCUGGGGCUGGCGGGAGAGGUCUACCGCAGGGGCAUGCUGCCAUCUAGGAAAGCAGCUGAGGUGCCCAUCAAGUGGCUGCCACCAGAAAGGAUCCUGAAGCACCCAGUCACAGCCAAGGGUGACGUGUGA